CCAGGACCCUGCAUUCACUAUAUCUGGUCUCCCCAGACCCCGCAUUCACUAUAUCUGGUCUCCCCGGACCCUGCAUUCACUAUAUCUGGUCUCCCCGGACCCUGCAUUCACUAUAUCUGGUCUCCCCCCGACCCCGCAUUCACUAUAUCUGGUCUCCCCGGACCCUGCAUUCACUAUAUCUGGUCUCCCCGGACCCUGCAUUCACUAUAUCUGGUCUCCCACAGUACACAUAACAUGGAAAUGCAAUCUCCGAAGAAAAAAAAAACCUCUCUAGCAAUACACACCAAACUGAACAUUUGUAGAGUGACUCCACACGAUAUGUAU